CGUGCCCAUGCAUCGGUGCCUGAAGUAAGCAAACCCCGCAUUCAUCGCUCUCAAAUAUUGUUUAUGGGAAAAUGCCUCGACUCCAUGGGGAAUAUAACCAUGUUACUUUCCUGAUUUACUACUAUAUAUUUGGACUUCUUUUAUUGUUCAGUUCUUAAUCUUAUAUAUUCGGAAAUUUUGACUUUAAUUUAAAUAUUGUAUACUUUCUCUGUAUGUAUCUUAAGCUAGAGCAAUUCAAUCAUGCCUCCCAAGUUGAAUCGGCCUAUCGCUUCGACGCAACAUCACAAUUCGUUACGAAACGAUAUUAUUGAAGACGGAAGGAUUGAAAAAUUCAGAAAAAUGUCCUUAUACACGAUGAUGUUUUUGUCGGCGGCUUCUCCUAUCCUAUAUGAGUCUCAUCUUCUUGCUUGGUUUAUGUGAGUCUAGGAGCUCGAGUUUCUAUAAACUUUUCAAUACACUAACAUGGCUCCAGUGAUUGUCUCGGGACUCUUUGUCUCAUGGCGAUUGUUGUUCGGAAGUACCCUGAUGAAAUAAAGAAGUAUUGCGCACAGGUCGGCCUUAUACAAGUAUUAGAUUCUGACAUUUCCUAAAUAGGUUUGGUCCUGUGGUGUUUCCGACAGCAGGUCUUCCCUUGGUGAUAAUCUUUGCAAGUCGCGCAUCGCUACUGGAAACUAUGCCUUGGAUGCCUUUUGCUAUUUCCAUGUGGCUUUUGAUCACCGUUUACUCUUGCCCAGCGAUGAUGUCCCUCGCUCAAGAAGUUCUCCAAGGACAUCGGCCGGACCUGUCAAAACAUGGCUGUUACCUCCAUACUGUUGCCCGAGAUAAUGAGAAGGAUCAGGACCAAGCCCAAGACUUUGAUUUCAAUCAGACUGAACUCCUGAAAAGUAUGCCGCAGUCUGCAUUAAAUCACGAACUUGCAUUUAUGGGUCGUCCGGCUUCAAUCAUAAGCACAAACACCGGUGACAUCGAUUUAGAUGAAGGUAACACGAUUGGAAAGUUUGUAGCUGCAAGGUUCCUUUCCCACUUCUCAGGAGAGGAUGCAAGAUUCACGGAUUUCCCAGAUCGAAUGAGAUUCCACUCACAGGACAUUUCCGCACAUUUUCCGGAAGCACCAGAGGAUUCCUUGAUAGGCCACUAUUCAACGACUGGGUCGACAUCAGACGACCAUGUAUAAUGAGCAAAUGAUUAUAUGCACCAACUACUUACCAGAAACUGCUAUUUUAACUUGUCCAGAAUCUCUACUGCCGAACUCAGCCAUGGAAAUCGGGGAGCCGUUGAUGUGCCAAGAUGUACACGUUUUCCAGCUGGAUUUCGGUCAAAUGGAUACUUUGCCACAAAUGAAACCGUUCUUGAGGAUGCCUCUGAAGAUCUCGCCUCUUUCGUUCCUUCAUUUUGUUUCUUCGAAUUUUUAUUUCAAAUUCCAAUGCAAGGUACCACAGGCCACUGUACUUCUACCAAUGGAGGCCAUGAAAUCAUUAUUUUCCAAAUUGGAUACUACAGCUACUAUAUAUUGAAAACUUUCUCACUCAGGAAUUAUUGCACGACAUUCACUAGCUGUAUCCAUUAGCUGUGGUCCGAAUGGAACUCUAGGGUGCCGCGGAUACUACUCCAAUGGUCAUGAUGCCGCGGAUUUGUCAUUUCCCGAGACCUCCUCUCAUCGACUCACCGAAAUGACUCAUGGUCAACAAAGAAUGAACUGGACCACUAAUGACUGCAAACUACUGUAACCAUUAGUAUGAUGUCUUUCCUCUCACUCAUUCAUUUGUUUGCUCUGCAGUCAUUUGUUCCAAGGCCUCGGAAUACCAUGGCUUUUGACUUCACGGUCGCUGUCGGAGAAAGCUACUACCCAAUUAUGAGUUUCCUUUUUCUCCUAUGGUUUAUGGAGUUUAUCUAUAUUCUAAUUUUGAUUUGGAUAAUACUUGGAAAUGUGGCAGGGGGAAAGCCGAACUGGAAUAUAGCCUUUUUCUUGGCGGUGUGAGUUCGUCUGUACGACAAAUCGGCAUCUCACCUUCCGAACAGACACGGUUUUCCGCGCGAUGGUUCUGAGCAAUUUUUUCUUGCUUAGAAACUUUCCUGGAUAGUCAUUUUCUUUCCCCUGUGUUAUAUAUCAGAUCGGAUCAUAGCUUUAGACCCAUCCUGCUAAGAUGUGGUUAGUGUGGGAAGACGUGGUGGUUGCUGACAAUAUGUUACUACUGUGUUGGCGAUAUAUUCUAUACAACCUUACCUGGUGUAGGCGGAUUUUAGAAUGCUGUUGGAGUUAACGAGGUCCCUUUAUCCGGCAUUUGGGAGGUUCAUUUAGUCAAAAAUUAUAGUGUAGAAAGCACUGCGCAGACAGACAUGUGGUGUUUAGAUAUCAUUCGGGUUGUUAAUUUCCUUUUGGCAUGGCGAGAUACCUAUCGCACGUAGCGAUAUGAAGACUUAUGAUUUUCUUAGUGAGUUACGGAUGGUGGAGGGAAGAUAAGAUGAGAUAACCUUACGUAUACUUCGUCUUCAUCCUACAUCAGAUCCACAAAUCCAUCUCGGGACGGCUUGGCUUGUUUGGCGAUCUACAUCCGCCGGUUACGGAAUUAGAGACGCAUGUUAAAUUUAUCGGUGAUAUACUUGGACUUUGCACAUAUUCAUACAAUUGUAUGUACUAUGAACCAACCGCUUUUCCUUGCACGUGCUAUAGAAUAUCACGUGUGUUGAAGUUCAGAAGU